GAUCCUGUUACCUUUGCCCUUUUUCAACAUAAUCUCUUCACCGGCAAAUUAUCUUUCGGUGUGCAACAAUGCCUUGGGGAAUUUAUUACUAAUUGACACUUGUGUUGUAUUUAGCUCUCCUGAAAUAUCAUGUUGCUAGCUGUUCAGUUUUGCAACUUGCUUUUGUAAGAUAAAUCAAAGUGCUACACAGGUGACAUCACAGCCCUUGCUGUAGUAGAUUGCUUCUGGCAUACAGGGCACAUCCUUUGUGAACAGAUUAUGUUUUCGUUUCCUUUUUUUUUUUUUGUGGCAGGCGGUUUUUUUAUGGUCCAAGUAUUCACUUUGUCAAAGCUUUCUGCCGUUUCCGAGCAUGUAUGGGUCAAAACCAGUACAUAUAGAUUUCUCACCAAAGUAAUUUAAGUUUGUCACCCCCUAAUGAAUGCAAAAUAACUUUCUUGUUGCAGUUUUUGUUUGUAAAGUUGCAUGGUUAAAAACAAAGACAUGUGCUGACAUGGGCGUCACACAGCCGAGACAUAGAGGUGAUUUAAAGGAAAGCUGCCAGAUUUAGAAGAUUUAUACUUUACGCCGUCUUUCCUGUGCUACGCUGUAAGGGCGAGCAUAGCUUGCACAGUGCUGCAGCCUCGCACUGCGGACUCACAAUGCUAACACGAGCUUUGUUCGACAACACCUGCAUCAAGCAUUUACAAUGUAUUUUAAACAAAAAUCUCAUCAAUCAGUCGACAGCUGCCCACAUUGCCCUUGUGUGAUCUCCUGAUCCACAAUAAUUUCUUGCUUCCCAUACACUCCUCAAGAAAAAAAAUUCUCUUAGAGGGUUAGGAAUCUAGUGGAGCUCCUUUUUACUUCUCAUUGUCGACUACUGAGAACACCUUUACAGGUUUGAGGCCUUUUGUACCUUUUUUAACAAGUGUGGCAUGCAGCAUAUCAAAAAAGACUUGACUGCCAAAGUUGAUAGUCAAACAUUUGAAGGUGAGCUGCCGACCCCUCGUCGGCCUUCUAAUGCCCCGGGACCCCCAGUCGUCGCACUGCAACCCCCACUUUGCACACCUCUGGUCUUGGGCAUCGCUGUGGUGCUGAAACGCAUCACGGAUGAUGUGCUUACCACAUCCUCAUUUAUGUCUCAAUUCGUGCUCGAUGACGUUGCGCGUGUCAAACUGUUGCCUGCUGUAGUCCUGUAGGUCAAACAGCAGAAAAUAUGAGUGUGGCAGACAACUGUUCUGCUGUAGCUCACUCUGCAGCAUGGUGGUCAACAGAAACCUCACAGCCUCAGCUGCCAAUUCCCUCCACUUGUGUUCUUCUCUGGCACUUUUACGAACAAGUGCCAGGAUCGCAACAGUGUGGCACACCGGCUCCUGUGACAUUUUGUUUACCAUUUUCAAUGCGUCAUUUGAAGAUGCAUUCCAAGCACCACAGCAGUGAUCAUACCAUCAGUUGUUUUGAUGCAUAAAGCCCCAUUUCUGUUGAAAGAUUUCAAAUAUUUUAGCGAUAUGUGGCCACUUCAGGCAUGCAUGGUCAUUGCUUCCAUGAACUCGAAUCACUGUUCCCGAUGAUCAGUUUAUGAAAUAAGAAAGUCUGUAAGAUUUGUGCCUCUCAUUUGUGUUUUAAAGAUUUUUUCAGGGAAAUGAAUACACGGAAUCAGUAAACUGCACCUAAACAAAUCAUGUCCAAGCAGUCUUGUGUCACUUGCUGCUUAAGCAUAUUUUUGUGUUCUGCUUUUUUUUACUUUUUUUUUUAUUUUUCAGAGCUUGCAAAUGCUGUGAGCGAUGUUCGCCUUCUUCAUGAAGAGCUGCGAGAAAUGGGGAACGCGAGAAAUGCAGAAAUCGCGGAACGUCAAGCAGAGCCUGAAGAUGAAACUGAAGACAUAGGGGGCUUCAUGGUGAGCAAAUCGCUCCUGAAGAUGGUGGAGCUGGGCCCCACAAAGACCGCCACAUCAUAUGCCAGAGAGCUGCUCCGCCAGAUUUUCCCGGAAGAAGAACUAAUGGGCAAGUCCAUCUCCGGGAAGCAGUCAAAUGCACAGAAGGACAAGGACGCAAAACCACAGCUAGAUCCAGUCAGGGUCAACGCUGUAGUGAAACACACUUGCAACAAGUACAAGUAUACCAAGGAGUCGACGGUGAGGACGUCCCUGUCAACCAUGCUCAACAAGCUUCAAGCAAACCAUAUGUCCCUCCCCUAGAUUCACUGCAUUUCAGUAGCGGGGAAUAAAGGUUGUAUAAAUAUUGCUUCUUUUGUUUAAAUUCAUAAUAUAUGGACAUCUACCUUAUACAAAAUGGCAGACCAGAACACAACCCUGUAAACUAAAAAGCUAGCAUGCCAGAUAAAGUGAGCCAUAGGUGGAAAAUUCUUUAGCAGCUCUCAAGCUGUGCCUGCAACAAAAGUGUGUAUUUCUUCUUGCAAAAUGUAAGAGCAAGCCUCGUAAAGUUCACUCCUACAUUUGCUCACAUGCAGGUGCUUAAAGCCCAGGAUCAUUACAGAAUUGUAGGUGUUCACUGUGUCAGUCAGAAAUGUGUCGCAUUCGUUGUAAAUGAUAACAUGUAUGCUUCCCCUCUGUAUAAGAACAUUGACUACUAAGUCUAGUGUACUGUUUCCCUGUAUUUUGUUACUAGCUUGCCUUUGACUAUCUGUGCAUGUCAGUUUUUGUCCUUGCCUCGACCCAAUUCGCUUUUAACAUUGUCUGAUGCUCGCUUUGACGGCUUUCCACAGCUCAACGCAUCAAGUUGAAACUGGCGUCGAAUACGUAUUUUACUAGUCCUGUUUAUACAACUCGCCUCGAAUACAUAUUUUUCUAGUCCCCUUUGCACAUUAAAAUUUCAAGUCUAUUAGAGAUGAAAAAAACUAUUAAAAAACUAACCCAUUUAAAAGAAUAGGGCAUUUUCCUUUUUAGUUUUUUUUAAAUUUUAUACUUGGAUGUGAUACUUAAAAUUUUAAUGCCUAAAUCCGACCAGUGAAAGCUGUAUGUACUCGAGAUUUCUACUUGAUACGUUGAGUCGAUCCCUAAUUUUUGUGGGUGAUUUUAGAGUCGAAACCUUGUUUUGACACACCCUAUACUUCAUACCUCACCCUCCCACUCACCUUCCCACCCUCCCUUCCUCCCUCCCUCCCUCCCUCUCCUGUUCCACGGGUGCUAGAAAGUCCGCUUUGUCACUGAGCUCA